UUAUUGAUAACAUAACUUCAAAUUUCAACAGUUACUUUUAUACUUUUAAACCAGGAAUUCGCCGGGAUUUGAUAGAUGGUGUAUUGUAAUUUGAAAGAAAUGUCGCCACAAAGAAAAGGCAGUUGUGAUGAAACCCCUUUAAAUAGUUACAUAGACACGUGCGUUAACAACAUGCAUUUAUUUGACAGUUUUUCUAAAAAGAAAUCCGAGCAGGGCAUGCUUGAAACUUCCAGUGAUGAUCAUGAUACCUCGAACCAAUUCCAAAAUAAUAUCUCCUGUAAGAUCGAAAAUGAUGCUUAUCCGUCUGAACAAACAAAUAACGGCGAGCUUGACGAAAUUCAAAGUGAAACUGAUGAGAAGUAUCCUGUACUUGGAAUAAAUUUUGUUCCAAAAACUAGCAAUUUAUGGGAUCCGCUCGUACAAUCUGCCGAACAGGACCAGGUUAAGGUCGAAGAUGUUUACACUACGGAUUCAAGUAUACCUUCCCUAGAAAUAUCGAGCAACGACCCUUAUAAAGUGGAAGCAAAAGUUGAACUAUUUACUGAAGAUGUUGUGCUCGAUGAACCUGACAAAAAGGUUGCCGAAUAUAAUCACUCCAUACAUUCGACAAAUUCUCCUCAAGAAAUAACAUUUGUAUCUACGGAUGGCCUUCAUAAUGUGGAGGUAAAACUUGAACAAUUUUCUGAAGAAGAAAAUUCGAAUAGCGAUCCUUGCAGUGCAGAGGAACCUCCUGAACAACAUUUCGAAGAAGUAACACUUCCGAAACUGGAAUAUUCUGACGAAGAUCCAGGAUACUCAAAACAUCAAGAAAAUUCCAGCCAAGGUGCGAUUACUCCCUCUGCAAAAAAGGCAAAACAUCUCCCAAGCGUAAAAAAAUCAACGCAAAACACCGGCAAUAUUUCAAAGGAGGUAAAGGUACUGUUACGGAAUUCCUUCCCCUACUGCUGCGAUAUUUGUGGUGCAAUGUUUUCCUGCCAAAGUGAGUGGACAAGACACCAGCAAGAACAUUCGAAGCCGUUUCACUGUCAAGCCUAUGACAAACAGUUUGCUUCUAAACGCCGUAGAAAAAAAGGACCCUACAAAUGCCGAAUUUGUGGCGCACGAUUCAAGCACAUGUAUUAUAAAAGGGCGCACGAACGGGCACAUGUGCAAAGACCUUGUUUCGAGUGCCCUGAUUGCGGAAAAAUGUUUUCUUAUAAAAAUUCUCUCGCUGCACACCUGAGAGUACAUUCUGGUGUCAAACCAAUGAAACCAUUUUCUUGCCAAACAUGUAGCAAACGUUUUGUUAAAAAAUAUCUUCUCAAUCAGCACCAACUUACGCAUAGUGAAGAGAGACCCUUCAAAUGCCGUAUAUGCAACCAUCAAUUCAAGCAUUAUCGCCAUGUGGCAUUGCACGAACGUAUCCAUGUGGAGGGCCCUCGUUAUGAGUGUGCCCAUUGCGGGAAGAAAUAUCGCCAGAAGACCUCUUUAGCCAAACACAUAUUUUCUAAAUGCAUGCGGGAGUCACUUCCUUACAGCUGCGAUAUUUGUGGUACUGAGUUUUACUACAAACAUGAUUGGACAAAACAUCAGCGACAAGAACAUACAAAGCCGUAUCACUGCCAACUCUGUGACAAACAGUUUGCUUAUAAAAGCGAGUCAGUUACACAUAGAUUAACACACAGUAAAAGGAAACGUUAUUGGGCAAUGCAUCUGCAAUCAGAACUUCCGAAGCCGUUUCACUGCCAAGCUUGUGACGAGCAAUUCGCAUAUAGAAGCGAUUUUACUGCUCAUAGAUUAGCACACAGUGAAAAUAAAGACUACAAAUGCCGCAUUUGUGACGCAGGAUUCAAGUCCAAUAGAAAUAAAUUGAAGCACGAACGCGUGCAUAUGGAAGGAGCUUGUUUUGAGUGCGCUGAUUGCGGAAAAAAGUUUUCCUAUAAAGAAAAUCUCAUUAAACACCUCAGACUACAUUCCAAUGUAAAAUCGUUUUCUUGCCAAACGUGCGGCAAAAGUUUUGCUCAAAAAGGAUAUCUCACUCGGCACCAACGGACGCAUAGUAAAGAGAAAUCCUUCAAAUGCCGCAUGUGCAACCAACAAUUCAGUCACCAAGGGGAUAAAGCAAGACAUGAACGUUUCCAUGUGGAGGGCCCUUGUUUUGAGUGUGCCCAUUGUGGCAACACAUACCGCCGUAAGAACAACCUAGCCAAGCACAUACUAUCAUCUAAUGGUUGUGGACCUAAGCAGGGCCUGGUACAGCCGGUACAGCCACAGGAGAAAAUGGAUUGCAAAAUUUGCCCGCAGCGAUUCCGGACAAAGCUCGAUCUCGACUCGCAUGUUUACCAAGAGCAUGCCACAAAUGUGAGUAAAACUACAGCGGAGGGGAACUUAUAUAAGCAGUGUUACUUGUGUUCACAAUUGGCCGCUUCAAUGAGGGCGUAUCAUUUUCAUUUUAUCAAUAAACAUCCCAACGACGCUACCCCUUUGGUCGGAUUGUGGCGUCCAGCCCUAGAAAAAGACUGGAAAGUGUGCCAUAUUUGUAAACAAGUUUUCGAUACCAGCCGCAAAAAACAAACCCAUCUGCGAACCGCUCAUACCCUCCUAGAGACACACAAUUGUUGCUUUUGUAAUGCGAGGUACGACAAUAGAGGCUCGCUGGGGCACCACGAAAGGACAAUACAUAGGAAUAAGGCCGAACUUGAAGCACUAGAGACUAGAGAAGAGUUGAAUACAAAAGAGAAAAGCGAGCAACCGCUUCGGAUUUAGAACGGAUGAGUCGCAAGAGUAAAUUUGUAACACGAGUAUUCGAUCGUUGAUUUACCUUAUGAAUGUUUUUUUGCAUUGUUUUUUUGUCUCAAUUCCGAGCUUUUUUCGCAAGAAACAAGUUCUUUCCAAAUUCGACGUUACAGGGAUUGUACUCGGUUACUUUUUAAGUAGGUAACGAAGUUACUAAAGUUACUACUAAUAGUAACUAUUGAUUACUUUUUAAAAAUGUUGGUUACUAAAAGUUACUUUUCCGAGUUUUUUUUCACAAAUUUGAAAUUUCCUAUCUUUUCAAAAUUUUAUCCAAAAUUCGUCAAAAAAAAAAACAUAGCUUUUAUUUAAUUGGCAUCACUGGUUUUUCAGCGUUACGAAUUUUAUUUUUUUGGUUUUGAUGAUUUUUCUUUUGACAUGUAGGUAUUGAGGGGUUUUCUAAUUUUGACAGGUAUUAUUAUUUUUGAAUUUUUCGAUGGGUUUUAGUGGAUUUUCUUCUGUUUUAAUUGAUUUUUACUUCUUGAAUUUUGGUGGUGAUUUUUUUUCUCUGAAUUUUAAUGAUUUUUUUGCUCUGAAUUUUGAUGAUUUUUUUGGCCUGAAUUUUUGCCGAAUUUUACUUAUCAUCUUGAAUUCUCGUUAUUUUUUCAUAAUAAUUUUUCCCUCGAGCUUUGUGAUUUUAUUGCUCAAAUAGUGGUCGGGAUUUCUCCGUAUUUCGGUUCGAUGGCUUUUUUUGAAUUUUGUGAAUUUUUUUCUUCGCCGAUUUGGUGAGUUUUCUUUCGAAUUUUUGUAGAUUUUUACCUAUUCUGACAGGUAUGAUUUUUUUGAAUUUUUGCUGUUUCUCUUUUUUCAAGUUUUUCGAUGAUUUUCUCGGAAUUUUCAUUUUUCUUCUCUCUUAAAAUUUUGGCGAAGUUUCUCCAGUUUUGAUAGUUUUUUUUUAACUUUGAAUUUUCACGUUUCUAUAGGUAUAGUUUUGUUCUGAAUUAUGGUCAUUUUUUGCCUAAAUUUUGACUGCAUUUUUUUUAUUGUAACAGUUUUUUUUGAGUUUUGUGCUUUGAGAAAACAAGUGAUUUUUUUGCUCACAUUUUUGUGGAAUUACAUAUGUGAUUUUUCUUCUUUCAAAAAUCACGAUUUCCUUUAAAUUUUGAUCUUUUUUUUCAAGAAGGGAGAGGAGCUUCUUCAAGAUUUCAUGACUAUUUUUUUUUUAUCUUUUGUGGUGGCUUUUUCAACAUCUUGAUAUCUUUCAUUCGUUGAUCCUUCUCUCUCUUUUCCUCUUCCCUUCCAGUUAUGAGGAAAGUUCCUCUGGAUUUCUUCUCUCUUUAAACAAUUUUUUUGUUCAAGUUCGAAUUAUGUUUUUUUGUUGAA